AUGCCGCGCAGCAUGAGCGCCAAGAGCGCCGAGAAGCAGCAGGGCGAGACUGAUGACCAACAAGAACGACAAUCACAGUAUGAAGAAAAGGCCGACGAGGCUGGGAGGCCCUCUUCCUCAGGCAGUCUGGGUUCGUCAUCGGGCUCCAGCAGCUCUGUCGAUUAUGACCCCCAGUUUCGCCGCCUGCAGUCGCGCAAUACCGAAGUGGAUCUGGAGCGCCAGAGAACCAGCGCAUCACAGGCCCUGAGUCGCAUUGAAACACAGCGCCUGCAGCAUUCUAUGACGGUUGGUGAGGACAUCAAGUCACGGCCCUCCACGCUUCCACUGCCCCCAUUUGGCGGGGGGAAGCCCUAUCCGCCACCGCUGCCAAACCGCGAUGAUUUUGUCGUGGAAUUCGAUGGACCAGACGAUCCUUUGUACCCUCAGAACUGGCCGCUGAAGAAGAAAAUCUAUACCAGCGCGAUUCUGGCAUAUACCAGUCUCUGCUCGACCUUUGACUCCGCCAUUUUCAGCGCAUCAUCUUCAAACGUUGCGACCUAUUUCGGCGUGGGGCUCGAGGUUGCUGUCCUGUCGAGCACCAUGUACAUCAUGGGUUAUGCCACCGGCCCCUUAAUCUGGGCUCCUCUCUCUGAACUCAACGGCCGUCGUCCCGGCAUCAUCAUUGGCAUGUUUGGAUUUGCCAUAUUUAACACGGCAGUGGCCGUUUCCAAGGAUAUCCAAACCCUGAUGAUCUGUCGCUUCUUCAGCGGUGUUUUCGGCAGUGCGCCUCUUGCAGUCGUCGCUGCUGUGUUCUCCGAAAUCUACAGCAAUCGCACCCGCGGCGCUGCCAUUUCCUGCUUCUCUGCUACCGUCUUCUUGGGUCCUCUGCUGGCCCCGUUCAUCGGUGGGUUCAUUAACAUGUCCUAUCUCGGAUGGCGCUGGACGGCCUAUAUCCCGGCAUUCAUGGGAUAUGCCGCCUUCAUCAUGAACCUGCUCUUCCUUAAGGAGUCAUACCCACCUGUUGUUCUUGUGGCAAAGGCCGCUGAACUGCGGCGUCGUACCAAGAACUGGGGAAUCCAUGCUAAGCAGGAAGAGAUCGAGGUUGAUUUCAGAGAGUUGAUGGUGAAGAACUUCUCUCGCCCGCUGCGCCUGCUCUUUGGUGAGCCGCUAAUUCUAGCUGUGACGAUAUACCUCAGUUUUAUCUACGGGCUUCUCUAUUGUUUCCUGACCGCAUAUACCGUUGUUUUCCAAGGGGUGUAUGGCAUGAAUCCUGGCGUUGGCGGCCUGCCCUUGUUCGGUCUGGUGGUUGGCUUGCUCUUUGCUACUGCAUUCAUCAUUUAUUCCAGCAAAGGGUACAACAGAAAGCUAGAUGCGAACGGCGGUGUUCCUGUCCCCGAGUGGCGUUGCCCUCCUGUGAUACUCGGCGGGGUACUCUUCGCUGCUGGGCUUUUCUGGUUUGGGUGGACUGGAUUCACGUCCUCUGUUCCCUGGAUCGUGCCGACGUUGAGUGGUCUCUUCACUGGAUUCGGGCUGUUGGUCAUCUUCAUUCAGCUGUUCAACUACCUGAUCGAUACUUAUAUCAUGUUUGCCGCCUCUGCCAUUGCUGCAAACACCUUCUGUCGGUCUUUUGUUGCUGCAAGUUUCCCGCUGUUCUCGCGCCAGAUGUUCGAGAACAUGGGCGUGCAAUGGGCCUCGACUCUGCUUGGCUGUGUUGCCGCCUGCCUUGUUCCGAUUCCAGUCGCAUUCUACUUCUAUGGCGACAGACUCAGAAUGAAGAGUAAAUUCGCUCCUUAUUCUGGGAAUUCCGCCGAAGCACAUGCGCCAGAGGGAGAGGCAGAGGCAGAAACAGCUGAAAAUCACUGA